AUGCCCCGAACCGCGUCAGAGCGAGUGUUUAGAUUAUCCAAAAGGCUGAAACGCGUCAACGAUGACGGUCGUGAGGUGCUCUUCGACUUGGACGGUAUGCGACGGGAGGAAAUCGAACAGACACUGACGAAAACAUUGGGAAAGAUCGAGUUGGUGGCUAGAAGAAAGCAUUUGGAGAGCAUCGCCAAGACCAAUCCAGCAGAUUUCGGAUCGAAAAAUGAGAGAUAG